CGAAGCCAGGCCAGGCGAGGGAAGGAGGACGGAGGAAUAAUCCCGCAAGCGCUCCGCCUUGCCUCCGGGAUCUCGCCGGUUCCGCCCGCACGGUGGCCUGAGGGCGGUUGAUCGAAGAUCUCUGCCUGUGAGAUCUGUGUUCUGGGAAAGUCAUGAACAGCGCAACCACCGGUUGUUAACUCCCUCUGUAGAUUACCACCACAAGCAACCGCAAGAAUGGUGUUCCAGAAGCGGGCGUCGUCGGAGAUGGAGGCGUGUGGCGGCAGCCACGUCGCGGAGAUGCCGCGCGUCCCCAAAUCCGCCAGGGGCAAGAGAUCGGUCCGGAAGAAGGAGAGCCAGGGCCAGGCGAUGUGCGCCUUUGACCUUCUCGCCACGGUGGCCGGGAAGCUGCUCGACGAGGGCGAGGGCUCGCUGGGGAACAUGACCGCUGCCGCUGCUGCUCCGGUACUCGCUGCUGCUGCGUCUGCCAAGGUGAAGCAGGAGCUGUGCGAUGAGGAGGCCAAGAAUAUGAAGAAUGAUGUCAUGGAUCAGGACAGCUGCAACGAGAGCGUGCUGAUCUCCCACAUUGCGUCCCAGAGGCUGGUGGAUCACCAUGCCAGGAAGGCAGAGGAUCUGAAUGAGGUUCCCAAGGCCAAGUCUGAGGCUGUGGACAAGGAACACUCGAUGAUAAGCUGUACCAAGGCUGACUUGGGCUGUAACUUCGGUGCCAUCGCCGAUAGGUGGUCGCCUGAGUCCGUCGAGUCAGGGGCCUUCACCGGCGACGCGGCGGCAAAUGUGAUGGCAUUAGCCGCAGCAGCCUUUCACAAGAAUGCCCCUGAUAUGUACAAUCUGAUCGACCCCAUGGAUGUCGAUGUGAAGCCGCCUCCUCUGGUCAGCUCUGACAGCACCGGCGAGAUGCCGUUGUAUGGCGACAAGAUUCGCAGGUCGGUGUCCUUUCCGAGGGGGCCGAAAGGAGAAGCAGAGCAUGUUGUAGAUAGAGAGGUUGAUGAUGAUGAUGAUAAAUCUUCCGGGUGCACGCAUUCGAGCACCGCCACUAACAGGGGCUUCAGGCCCAAUUGUGCAGCUGAUCAUAGUAGGGUAAAGAAGUUCCUUGCCAGGAUGCGCAAUGGAGAUCUUUCAUAUAGUGAUGCUGACCGGAAGCCUUCUUUCCGUAACAAGAAAAUGUAUUAUACGAGGCAAAGGACGCAAAGGAGUACAUUCAAGCGGAGGAAGAUGUUGGAUCGUCAUUCAACUAUAGUAUCUGAAGAAUUUGCCAAAUCAAAUGCUAGGAGAACCACAAAGGUUACAGCAAGACCUGCCCCUUUGGGAGCUAACAAGGGAAGCAAUUCAAUGCCAUUCCAUAGGUCUUCUGGAUCAAACAAUUGCCAUAUGAAACUUAAGAUAAAAUCUUUCAAGGUGCCUGAACUUCUAAUUGAGAUCCCAGAAACUGCAUCUGUUGGUUCACUGAGGAAAACUGUUCUGGAGGCAGUGAAUGCCAUGCUUGGAGGUGGUCUGCGUGUCGGUGUUCUUCACCAUGGAAAGAAAAUCAGAGAUGAUAGCAGAACCCUAUUGCAGGCUGGGAUUGCUCAUGAUGAUAUGCUGGACAACCUAGGCUUUUCACUUGAACCCAACUGUACACAGCAUCCAUCCCAACAUGCUGCUGCUGAAGACAUGGAAUUCCUUGAAACCGUUGAUACCACUGAACCCCUAGCAAGGAUCCCACCGUCUGAGUCGUCUUCGAAGCAUGGCGAAGUUGAUGCCUCCCACGAGCUUGCAUUGACCCCCUUAACAGGAAACUACCAGGGGAAUGAUCAUGAUUCGGUGCACUCUCCCGGUGGCAUUUCCUCAGCUGAGAAAGCUUCAGCAAACUCGCGAGCCAUUGUUCCGGUUGCACCUGUAGAUUCCAGUGCAGGAGCAAUAGUUCUAGCAAAUAAGGCAAAGAGGUCAUCAGAACAGGGGCAGCGUCGAAUCAGACGCCCCUUCUCUGUUUCCGAGGUGGAAGCACUAGUGCUUGCAGUGGAAAAGCUUGGAACUGGAAGAUGGCGGGAUGUUAAACUCCGCGCUUUUGACAACGCGAAGCAUCGGACUUAUGUCGAUCUUAAGGACAAAUGGAAGACGCUGGUGCACACAGCGAGCAUCUCGCCCCAGCAGCGGCGCGGUGAGCCGGUGCCACAGGACCUGCUGGACCGGGUCCUGGCUGCCCAGUCGUAUUGGUCGCAGCAGCAAGCCAAGCUCCAGCCUAAGACACCCCCUCUGGCUGAGGCUCGGCUGCUCACCUAAUCUUCUCAGUCUCAGCUAAAUGGGAAACCAUUCCGGCAUUUGUAUAGUCAGUCAGUCAGCCCAUUCAAAGGAAGGAGGUUAAGGAAGAUAGUAGAAAAAUAUAUACAGUACUGCAUAAAAAAAAGAAGGUACAAGAAGCAUUGACCGCAUUGUUGUAAUAUCUACUCACCAACAGCUAUUCUUUUAAGCCAGGGUUCUCUCUCCUUGUGAAUUUAACCAAAGGAAAGGGAAAUUUCUUUGGCAAAUUGUACAUGAUGAUGAUGAUGAUGAUGGAAGAAGAUGAUGAUGAUCCAUGAACACUGAGAUCUGCAGCUAGUGACUACUACUAACUCACAACGAUUGUUUGUGCUAAAAAGAAGAAGAGGAGAGUGAAAGCUUCAGAUUCUUUUGUUCAAUUCAAUUCAUUCUUUUGGCAAGAGGAUGAGUGUGGCGGAUGGAUAAGGAGGGAUGGAUCCGUGCUCCCCUUUUCCCUUUUCUUCUUCUUAUGUUACUUAGUUGUACUACAGUAGUAAUUUUUCUUCACCAAUCUUGUACGUAGUAGUUAUUUUGAUCCCCUCAAAAUUGUACUUGAUCAUCUAACAAUAUAUGAAAGAUUAAUUUUUUUAA